UCCAUUGGGAGCGAAUUAAUCCAUUUGAAUCCGGGAAUAAACAUCCCACCAUCCCAUCCCCGCCUAGGGAUCGCGGAUUCCCAUCUCCCGCUCACCCACAGGAGCAGCACCCGCCGCCCCUCGCCCUCCUGGGGCAGCCCUGGGUUCCCUCCCCUUCCUCCGGGAGGGUUUUCUGUGGUUUUCCCACUGCCAGCAGGGUCUCCUUUCGGGCGCAUCACUCAGCAUCGCGGCAUUCCAGGUAUCCGCAUCCCAGGAUCCGUCUGACUAACGCCGCUGGAGCAUGACCAGGGCUAAUGGGAUAAUGGCCACUGCCUCUGCAGAGCUGGCCCGGCGCUAAUUGCGGCUGAUUAAUCCGACAGCGAGUGCCAGAAACAAAACACACACACACACACACACGGCAGCGGCCUCAGUGCUCAGCUAUUAAUUCCCAGGACGUGUCUCAUUCCCGGGAGAGCUCGGCCGCUUAUAAAAGCUUCCAGCCGCAGCUCUGUGCUCAGGAACUCCGACUCCCUGCUCAGCCCGGCCGUUUCUGCUCGCAGGGAUGCUCCACCAGAAAGGCGGCACCGACCACGACCCGUGCCAGCCCUCCUCGGGCCACCAGGGCUGGACACAGCCCGGCUCCAUCCCCGAGAGCUGCCACGACCCCGGCAGCCUCAGCCACGACACCGAGGGCUCCUGCCAGAGCCCAGCCCAGGGCUGCCCUCCCCAGCCCGGCUGCUGCCCGGCCCCGCAGAGCUGCAAGCCCCGGCGGCGGGUGGAGGUGAGCCCGGUGCCCCCCGUGUGCCCCCCGCCCGUGAAAAUCCACCGCCGGCCGCUGGAGCAGCACCGCCCGUGCCCGCCCUGCCCGGAGCCGCAUCCCUGCGGGAAACCUCGCCGGAGAGUGGAGCAGAGCCCCGAGCGGGAUGAGGAGCCCCCGGUGGUCCUGCAGCCCCUGCCGCUGCAGCAUCGCUGCCCCCGACCUCCGCCCUGCUGCCCCCGGCCCCUUCCCUGCUGCCCCCGACCCCUUCCCUGCUGCCCCCGGCCCGUCCAGCGCUGCUGCCCUGCCCCUGUCCCCCUGCCACCGCAUCCCGGCCACCAGCAGCAGCAGAAGCAGCUCGCCCUGGUGCCGCUCUGCGUGAAGAACUGA